AUGGUUGAACACGGUUAUUGUGUAACAGCAUUCAAUAAUGAAUCAAUGUCUUCAGUAACAUCUCAAGUAGAUUCAACUGAUACAUCACUACUAAGAAGGUCUGAUCGUUUAAAAGAAAAAAGAACACAGACCGGAAUAACAUUCGGUGGUCAGUUGAAUAGGAGUUCUCAAUGUCGGAAGGGGAAGAUCGUUCAUACGAAUUCGUUUAAACGUUCCGAUUUAAAAUCGGCUUUAGCAAGACAUGCAGUAGAUUUUAAUCAUCAAAUUAAUUAUAUUGAUUGGAAUAUCCUGUUUAAAGAUAGUUCUAUUCAAAGAUUAAAAGUUAAAGAAUCAUUAGCUAUUAUGGCUUUGAAACUCAAUCUUAAUGCAACCAUCCGUUCCACUCCAUUAAUUAUCUUUCCUGAAGGUUGUAAUAAAUAA